UGCUCCGAGUACUUUGUUUUCGUGGCAGUAAAAAAACUCCCAGUUAUCAGUCUGCGAAGCUUCAUGUGAGUGAUGUUUGUAGAUGUAAAGAUCGCGUCUUUAUUACUUGUUUAGGGUAUUUGAUGUGAGUUGCGGACUGGGUUUAUCUCCAAAGGAGUAUUUAGUUUUGCUUUUGAUUCUUUCAACUGAACAAUUGGUUUCAUGGCCGGGAGCAAUGAUGUCAACCUCAUUGAGUGCAAGAUGGUGGUUCCUCUGAAUACAUGGGUUCUCAUCUCCAAUUUCAAGCUAGCUUACACUCUUCUUCGACGUCCCGAUGGCACUUUUAAUCGCCAUUUGGCAGAGUUUCUUGACAGGAAAGUCCCAGCAAAUUUGAACCCAGUCGAUGGGGUUUUCUCAUUUGAUGUCAUCAUUGACAAGAGCACUGGCCUACUUAGCAGGAUCUAUAGACCAGUCGAUGCGGAUGAAAAUCCACCAAGUAUUGCUGAACUUGAGAAGCCUGUGAGCCCUGAGGUUGUUGUCCCUGUGAUAAUUUUCUUCCAUGGUGGAAGCUUUGCCCAUUCAUCUGCAAACAGUGCUAUAUAUGACACGCUAUGUUGUCGACUGGUCGGCAUUUGUAAGGCUAUUGUGGUUUCUGUGAACUACCGGCGUGCACCUGAAAAUCCAUACCCAUGUGCAUAUGAUGAUGGAUGGACAGCUCUUAAGUGGGUUAAUUCUAGAACUUGGCUUCAAAGUAAGGACUCAAAAGUACAUGUAUAUCUGGUUGGGGAUAGCUCUGGCGGUAACAUUGUACACCAUGUUGCGCUACAAGCAGUGGAAUCAGAAAUUGAAGUGUUGGGAAAUAUUCUGCUAAACCCAAUGUUUGGAGGGAAAGAGAGAACCGAGUCUGAAAGGCGGUUAGAUGGGAAAUACUUUGUCAGCAUCCAAGACCGGGAUUGGUAUUGGCAAGCCUUUCUUCCCGAGGGAGAAGAUAGGGACCAUCCGGCAUGUAAUCCAUUUGGUCCCAAGGGCAAAAGCGUUGAAGGAGUGAAGUUUCCAAAGAGUCUUGUUGUUGUGGCUGGUUUAGACCUUGUUCAGGACUGGCAGUUGGCUUAUGCUGAUGGGCUCAAGAAGGCUGGUCAAGUGGUGAAACUCAUGUAUUUGGAGAGAGCAACAAUCGGGUUCUACUUGUUGCCGAAUAACAAUCACUUCCAUUCUGUCAUGAAUGAGAUAAGUGAAUUUGUGUGCUCUAAUUGUCAGUAGACCUAACUUAACCAGCAGGCCACGCCAUGGAAACGAAGCUUGAGAUUAUUCUUUUGGUUAUUAUGAACUUGCAAUAGAUAUAUGAUUCUAUAGUAUAAACUGCUGUCUACUCAGUCGAUCGUGCAUUAUGGGUUUCAGCAUUCAUGGUGUUGGUUCUUGAUUCGGAAAACUGUGAAUUGGUUUGGAUGCGCUAAGUGAAGUUCAGCAUGUAGCUGGACGAUAAUGCGUUCAUGGUGCAGAAGUUGUGUACGGACUAAGAAUCUAGGUAGCAUCCAUUAACCGUGUUCUAAGUUAAUGCACUAAAUCUAAUAGAUUUCCAUUCCGACUUCAGCCAGAAGAAGAUUGAAGUCAGAAGUCAGGGU